UCUCCGUCUGUGGUUGAGGAUGGGCCUGAGGAGUGCACAAUGCUGCUGAGUAGAAAGUUGCUUUUCCGGUGUUACCAUAUCUUGUCUUCCUGCCUGCAACUUGUGGCUUCCCUGUCUAUGUGCUGGUCACAUGGAAGGGCUCAUGCUAUGGAAAGUGGAAUUGGUAGAAAGGAUCUCCGGUCUAUGGUUGGAGGAGCUGGGCCUGAGGAGUGCACAAUGCUGCUGAGUUAGAAAGCUUGUGGCUUCCCUGUCUCUGUGCUGGUCACAUGGAAGCGCUCAUGCUAUGGAAAGUGGAAUUAGUAGCUCUGUAAGUGGCUAUUGGCCAGCAUCCUCGGCAAGAUCACUGUGUGGUGUUCGGGUAGGUUGAGAUUGUUCGUGGCAGAUUGCGAAAGAGUUAAAAAUGGAAAUGGAUAUCAGAAAGGUUUUCAAUCAUCCAGUGCCAGAAAAUGCCCCUGCAUGUGAUACAGAAAUGGUCCCAGAGGAGCUCCCUGCUGCUAAGAAAAGCAGAACAUGGAAGGAAGAAAAUCGAAAAUUUCAGGAGCAGUGGGAAACACGGUUUCUUAUGUUUCUCAAGCCAUCUCAUUCCAUUUCUGAGCAAGUUGCUGUGUGUGCUGUUUGUAAGAAGGAAAUUCAUCAAAUUAAAAUGUACGCAAUGCAGCGUCACUAUAAGACUCAUGCAGAGGAAGUUGAACAGAAUUACCGGGCUGAGUUUCAGAGACGCAAGCUGUUAAAUGAUGCAAAAACCGAGCUCGAAAGACAACAGCGACGGCCCAGAGAUUUCCUGAGGAAAGCGGAUCAGAUCUGGGUGGCUACUAUUAAAGCGGCGCUGCUUUUGGGGCAAGCAAGGAAAUCUCUCGACGACGGAGAACUUGUGAAGAAGAUUGUUCUGGCCGUUCAACCAGAAAAUACGCUUUUCAGAGAGCUACCGCUGAGCAAUGACACAUUACAGAGGAGCACAAGAGAUCUAGCGAACUUUCUACAAAACGAAAUAGCCAAUAAAAUUGCAGCGAGCCCUUUCUACAGCCUUUGCUUGGUUGGGAGCCUUGAUGUCAUGAAGAAUCCCCAGAUAAUCGUGUGUAUUCGCUUUUUUGACUCUUCUCGCUGUUGUUUUACUGAAAGCGUUUUAUGUCAGGUGAGCCUCACUGACAGGCCAACUGGCAAACACGUUUUUCAGUGUAUUCAGGCGAGAAUGCAGGAAUGCCGGGUUAGCUUUGACAAUCUGUGCGGCUUGACAGCUGAUGGGGCAGUGGCCAGGCAAGGUGCCCAAGCAGAGGUGUUGAAUUGCUUCCAAGAAAGCUGCCCUCAGACGCUUUUUCUGUUUUGCUGGUUUGUCCACCAAGAAGUACUUGCCAGCAGAGCUUCAAAGGAAAGUAUGGACGAGGUCGUAUCCAUAGUGAAAAAGUGCAUCCGUGCCGUGAACAGCAGUGGUGUCAAUAAAGAGAGAUUCGCAACUCUGUGUGACACGGGCUCUGAGACACACAAGGUGCUGCUGAAUAACAACCUAGUCCACUGGCUUAGUUUUAAUGACAAUGUACAGUGGCUGUUUGAGCUCCGGGGAGAGCUCAUUGAGGUUUUGAACACAGUUUCACUGGAACUGUCCCAAAAGCUACAAGAUCCAGAAGUACAUGGUUGUUUGCUCUUUUUGAAGGAGUUUUUACCAAAGCUUGCAUCCUUGAACCUGGAGCUCCAGAUACCUCAGCUAACAAUAUUUGACCGCAUUGAAGUAAUUCAUACAUUUCGAAUGACCAUCGCUGACAUUGUCCAGCAACUACAAGAGAAAUGGGACUUUUCCGUGUUUUCUGAGCUUAGUGGGUUUCUCAGCUGUCAGGAUGAGCGCGUGCAGCACAAGGUCGGCUCAGCUGUAACCAAAUACCUGCGUAUCCUCUCGGAAGAGCUUGAAAAUUGUUUCAGCGAGGGACACUUUUUCCGUCAGUACAGUUUUGUGACGGACCCAUUCAGCAAUUCUGGUUCAGGGUUUUUGGCUGCAGACAAACUAACGGCCUUGCAAGACAGAUUAGCUUCCUUUGCCUCUUUGGAUUUAAGGAAUCUCCAGUAUCUCAUGGUGCACAUGCGUAAUAAUGCAAAGCUGAAAACAUACUUCAGUCAGCCUGCUGUUACAGUGCAGCAAUUCUGGCUCAGAGUGUACCUGUCUGAGGACGCCUACAGGCCUCUAGCUAAAAUUGCUCUGCUUUUCUUGUCCCUGUUUUCAACUACUGUGCUGUGUGAGAGGGCAUUUGGUGCACUGCACUGUCUGAAGAGCAAGUACCGAAAUGGCCUCACUGAUGCUAACCUGGAAGCUUCCCUUCUAGUUUCACAGGAGACCCGAGGUCUUGCCGACUUUCCAUUCCAAGAGCUGCUGAACUUCUGCAGGUAGUCUGAGCCACACAGUGGCUGUUAAACCCCAGAACUUUAAUUUCAUUAUCACUCUGUAUUGGUAAAGGACAGUACAACAGGAUUGUUUGUUUGGAGUGAUCUUUUGUCCAGGAAAGAGAACGUUUGCACAUAUUUGCAGAUUUUUUUUCGUUAUUUGGACUCUUAAUUAUGUCAAAGCAUUUUUCGGUGUAGUUCGAAACUGUUGUACAGACAUUCACCUUUCACCAAAGAAGUCAGGAAUGUGCCACGCACCUUAUUUGUGUUCUGUUGUAUUGAGCUCCAGUAAAGGAUAGAGACGGCUGGGCAUUUUUAUUAUUGAGUCUGAAGAAGGGAAGGGGGGGAAAAAGCCCCUACUUAAAUAAAUGACAGUGCCUGG